GAGAACGCCGCGUACUGCGGGCCCUGGAAGCGCGAGCGGAAGCUGAGCGACGGCGCGUAAGCCUCGUCGGCCGCCGUAGCCCCUGCUAGGACAGCCCGUGCGAGCCUGCUGGAGGAGGAAGAGAAAGGCAGGGAGAAUCGGGUUACAAGAUGGCGGAUGUGUAGGAGUUUACCGCGGCGGCGGCGGGAGAGCGUGCGAGCUCCGGGGGGCAAAGGGAGGGGAGGGUGGGUGUGUGUGUGGAUAAAGUGAGAGGUCCCGGGGGUCCGGCCGAGAGGCCCCGGUGGGCUCUUGUGGCCCCUUCCCGCGGCUGAACCUUGAGAGCCAUGGUGGACUUGGGCCUCUCCGGAGCCGGAGCCGCCGCCGCCGCCGCUACUGUUUCUCAAGAGUGAGGAGGGGCGAGGACGAGGGGGACGUGGAGGCGGCCGCGUCUGGACCGGUGGGAACAGCGGCCACGAUGUCGGAUACGCGGCGGCGAGUGAAGGUCUAUACCCUGAAUGAAGACCGGCAAUGGGACGACCGAGGCACUGGGCACGUCUCGUCCACGUACGUGGAGGAGCUCAAGGGGAUGUCGCUGCUGGUUCGGGCGGAGUCGGACGGAUCACUACUUUUGGAAUCAAAGAUAAAUCCAAACACUGCGUAUCAGAAACAACAGGAUACGUUAAUCGUUUGGUCAGAAGCUGAAAACUAUGAUCUGGCUCUAAGUUUUCAGGAAAAAGCUGGCUGUGAUGAGAUCUGGGAGAAAAUUUGUCAGGUUCAAGGUAAAGAUCCAUCAGUGGAAGUCACACAGGACCUCAUUGAUGAAUCUGAAGAAGAACGAUUUGAAGAAAUGCCUGAAACUAGUCAUCUGAUUGACCUGCCCACAUGUGAACUCAAUAAACUUGAAGAGAUUGCUGACUUAGUUACCUCAGUUCUCUCCUCACCCAUCCGUAGGGAAAAGCUGGCUCUGGCCUUGGAAAAUGAAGGCUAUAUUAAAAAACUACUGCAGCUCUUCCAAGCUUGUGAGAACCUAGAAAACACUGAAGGCUUACACCAUUUGUAUGAAAUUAUUAGAGGAAUCUUAUUUCUAAAUAAGGCAACUCUGUUUGAGGUAAUGUUUUCUGAUGAGUGUAUCAUGGACGUCGUGGGAUGCCUUGAAUACGACCCUUCUCUGGCUCAGCCAAAAAGACAUAGAGAAUUCCUGACAAAAACUGCAAAGUUUAAGGAAGUUAUACCAAUAACAGACUCUGAACUAAGGCAAAAAAUACAUCAAACUUACAGGGUACAGUAUAUUCAGGACAUCAUUUUGCCAACGCCAUCUGUUUUUGAAGAGAAUUUUCUUUCUACUCUUACAUCUUUUAUUUUCUUCAACAAAGUUGAGAUAGUCAGCAUGUUGCAGGAAGAUGAGAAGUUUUUGUCUGAAGUUUUUGCACAAUUAACAGAUGAGGCUACAGAUGAUGAUAAACGGCGUGAAUUGGUUAAUUUUUUCAAGGAGUUUUGUGCAUUUUCUCAGACAUUACAACCUCAAAACAGGGAUGCAUUUUUCAAAACUUUGGCAAAGCUGGGCAUUCUUCCUGCUCUUGAAAUUGUAAUGGGCAUGGAUGAUUUGCAAGUCAGAUCAGCUGCUACAGAUAUAUUUUCUUAUCUAGUAGAGUUUAGUCCAUCCAUGGUCCGAGAGUUUGUAAUGCAAGAAGCUCAGCAGAGUGACGAUGAUAUCCUUCUCAUUAAUGUAGUAAUUGAACAAAUGAUCUGUGACACUGAUCCUGAGCUAGGAGGUGCUGUUCAGUUAAUGGGACUUCUUCGUACUCUAAUCGAUCCAGAGAACAUGCUGGCUACAACUAAUAAAACUGAAAAGAGUGAAUUUCUAAAUUUCUUCUACAACCAUUGUAUGCAUGUCCUCACAGCACCACUUUUGACCAAUACUUCAGAAGACAGAUAUGAAAAGGAUAAUAUAGUUGGACCUAACAAAAACAGCAUGAUUUGUCCCGAUAAUUAUCAAACAGCACAGCUGCUUGCUUUAAUUUUAGAGCUACUCACAUUUUGUGUGGAACAUCACACAUAUCACAUAAAAAACUAUAUUAUGAACAAGGACUUGCUAAGAAGAGUCUUGGUCUUGAUGAAUUCAAAGCACACUUUCCUGGCAUUGUGUGCUCUUCGUUUUAUGCGGCGGAUAAUUGGCCUUAAAGAUGAAUUUUAUAAUCGUUACAUCACAAAGGGAAAUCUUUUUGAGCCAGUUAUAAAUGCUCUUCUGGAUAAUGGAACUCGGUACAAUUUGUUAAAUUCAGCUGUUAUUGAGUUAUUUGAAUUUAUAAGAGUGGAAGAUAUCAAGUCUCUUACUUCACAUAUAGUUGAAAAUUUUUAUAAAGCACUUGAAUCGAUUGAAUAUGUUCAGACAUUCAAAGGAUUGAAGACUAAAUAUGAGCAAGAAAAAGACAGACAAAAUCAGAAACUGAACAGUGUACCAUCUAUAUUGCGUAGUAACAGAUUUCGCAGAGAUCCAAAAGCCUUGGAAGAGGAUGAAGAAAUGUGGUUUAAUGAAGAUGAAGAGGAGGAAGGAAAAGCAGUUGUGGCACCAGUGGAAAAAUCUAAGCCAGAAGAUGAUUUUCCAGAUAGCUAUGAAAAAUUUAUGGAGACUAAGAAAGCAAAAGAAAGUGAAGACAAGGAAAACCUUCCAAAAAGGACAUCUUGUGGUAGCUUCAAAUUUACUUUCUCCCACUCGGCCAGUGCUGCUAAUGGUGCCAACAGUACAAACAGUAAAUCUGUAAUGGCACAGGCACCACCAGCAAGUUCCAAUGGAUCCUCUUCCAAGACGGCAACCUUGCCUUCAUCAGUAACAGCCACCAAGGGAAGUUUGGUUGGUUUAGUGGAUUAUCCAGAUGAUGAAGAGGAAGAGGAAGAAGAAGAAACAUCUCCCAGGAAAAGACCUCGCCUUGGCUCAUAAAAUAUUUACUGGGGACCUUCAACAUGUGGUCUCCCUAAAAUGCUGCAACUGUUAAUGAGCUGAAAAUCUGAAUCAGAAAGCUUUCUCACUUGAACUUACAAAAAUACAAGGAGUAGCAACAGACAUUCGGUGUAUCAGCAAGGAGAGUUUACUUCUGUAAAAAAAAAACACAAAAAAACAGGCUUCCCAGGAAUUUGAUUGCUUGCUAGUAAUUAAGGGGUUUGCCUUAUAGGCUGACCAAAAAAAAAGGUUAAUAGCCAGAACCUGGGAGAUAGCUUCUCAGCAAGGAAGCUCUCAGGUUUGGGGAUGGUUUGUGGGGCGGGACAAGGUUGAUAACAACACAGGGUUGCUCCAGGGGGGCAUCGAUGUAGAAACAAUUAUAAAACUUCAUUUGAAAACCCAACUUGUAUAAUGGUGCUGGCCAUGUUCUGUUAAUCAGUUGCCUCUUUUUAAAAGAAGUUUUUAUGGAAAACAGAUUCAACUAUCAUUUUUAAAAAAUGAAUCUGUUGAGACCAUUUCUCUGAAGAUUUAACAGAAAUUCAGCCUUUCCAUGUAGUUGGAGGGAAGUACACCCUGUAUUACAGCACAUGUUGAGUUUUCUACACCAGGAAUUUUCGUAUGUAUUUUGAUGAAAACAAGCUGGAUUCAAAAUGGACAGUUUUGUAAAUGUAACUUGAAAAUCAGCACUUUCUGAGAUAACAGAUGCCUAGAAUCAGUACAAUAGUAUUCCAAAAUUAUUUUCUCCAGAAAUGGAAGUAGAUUGAAUAAAAGGUUUUUAACUGCCUACCAGUAUAGUCUUUUGUGGAAGACACUUUGAAGUUACCUUCUGCUUUGUUAGUAAAUGGUCUCUCCAGAGCUGCAGGCAAUUUUUAAAGUGUAAUUUAUAAAGACUGACAUACAAAGAACAGUGCUGAAUUAAGCAGAACUUUAUCCAGAGACCAUUUUGAUCCAAGAAGUUACUUCAUUGUCAGUCAGUAUGCAGCACAUGAAGCUUUUCCAUAAACAAACAAGGGUGUAAUAUGAAAGCUGCUUUUUUUAAAAGAGUAAAAGCACAUUCCAUGUACGUAAAUGAUUUUAAAAUAAGUUGAGGCAAACAGUUGAGGUUUUUAUUUUUAGAACAAGCAAGUUAACUGUAAAUAUUUUAAUGUUAGUUUGCUCAUUUAUGAUCUGAGAUAAUGCUGAGGAAAAACAUCCCCCAAACUACAAUUUAAUGCAUUGGGGCGGGGGGGGGGGGGGGGGGGGAGUAAAAAUAGCAAUUCCAGCUGCAAUCUUUAGGUCACCUCUGUAAUGUGUUAUGGGCCCAUUUUUCUUGGAAUAGUUUAAACUAAAGCAGUUUUCCCUGUUUUGGAGAUUUUGUAGUUAAUUUUAAUUUUAGCUAUUGUUUGGAAAAGAUGGGCUGUCUGUGUAGAUAUGAAGUAUAGUUUUUCCAUAAAACAGAUGUUUAUUUUGUAUUAAAAAUACCACUGUACUUGUUUUACACCAUUUGUAUACAUGUGGUGAUAUUAAUGCUGAACUGUACAAUUCAGGAAUUAAAAUGUGACCCUGUAAUUCUA